AUGGGCUUGGACUAGAAAAACCACAACGAUAUCUAUCGAUUGUACACGCGUGCACUCUAAUUCGAUUCGGACCAACUCCUGUCUCCUGCGGUGCGGUGAAGGAAAUCGAGAGCGAGAUCAAUUGAACCCUAGCGACGAAGAUGCCGAAGAAGAUGGGUGUGAACAGCAAGGCGGAGGUCGCCAAAUCCCGGAAAAAUGCCGCCGAGGCCGAGCAGAAGGAUCGCCAGACUCGGGAGAAGGAGGAGCAAUACUGGCGCGAGGCCGAGGGUCCGAAAUCCAAGGCGGCGAAGAAGCGGGAGGAGGAGGCGGAGAAGAAGGCGGAGUCUGCCGCCAAGAAAGCGGAGGCGCGACGGCUGGCUGAGCAGGAGGAGAAGGAGCUGGAGAAGGCUCUGAAAAAGCCGGACAAGAAGCUGAAUCGCAUAUCCGUGCCGGUGCCGAAGGUCACAGAGGCGGAGCUCAUCCGAAGGCGCGAGGAGGAGCAGGUGGCGCUGGCGAAGAAAGCGGAAGAAUCUAAGAAAAAGCAGACCCGCAUGGCAGGGGAAGAGGAGUACGAAAAGAUGGUAUCGGUGACCAAUACGAAUCGAGAUGAUUCCCUCAUCGAGGCCCAUAGCGUUGACGAGGCGCUCGCACGGAUCACUGUGUCAGAUAACCUGCCGGUUGAUCGGCACCCUGAAAAGAGGCUCAAGGCUUCGUUUAAGGCCUUUGAAGAAGCAGAACUUCCAAGGCUGAAGGAGGAGAAACCAGGUCUUACUCACACUCAGUACAAGGACUUGAUAUGGAAGAUGUGGAAAAAAUCGCCAGAUAAUCCUCUUAACCAGGCGGCUGCUGAGUGAAAGUGCAACUCUGGAGCGAAAUCAAAUCAAGGGAAGGUCUCGUAUGCUGAAGAUCUUAUGUUUCCCAAGAGAAAAUGUUUGUGUAAGAUACUUUGGGCAUAAUUCUGCUUGUUUAUUCCGCUUUGUGUAGAAACUCUAUGAGAUAGUAGAGAGACAAUUGAGGGAGAUACAUAUGCAAAGAUAAUACUGCCUUAUGUUUGUGUAUACAACAAUAUUACAUCAUCAAGGACUGGUGAGAGGUUUUUUGUUUCUGAAUUAUGGGCCCGUUUUAAAUGACCCAACAAAACUCACGAAUGAAAUGGGCCUUUGGAUGGUCCCAAAUGAUUGGUUGGCUAAGAUUCCUUAUCCACCAGAAAAUCUAGUAUUCCCGUUACUUCUCUUCUCUUCUCUCUUGCGACUUUCACAGUCACCUUCGUCUGAUCUUUGCAAUGGAUACUUCUCUUGUAAUCAACCAGUCUCUGUCUCGCAUCAUCAAACUAUCCCCUAUACCAAAAUCUUGUUCUUUCUCCUUUCAAUCAUUUCCAAUCAGACGGAUCCGGAAGCAGCUUUGUCUCCGGGCCGUACAAAGAAACUACGAAACGGCCUCCUCCGUGGAAGACGAUGAGUCGUACGGAGAAGUGAACAAGAUCAUCGGAAGCCGGAUGGCGGAAAGCGGCGCCGCCAUGGAGUACUUAAUCGAGUGGAAGGACGGCCAUUCGCCGUCGUGGGUCCCAUCCAGCUACAUCGCAGCAGAUGUGGUGUCGGAGUACGAGACCCCCUGGUGGACCGCCGCGAGGAAAGCCGACGACCAGGCCCUGGCGCAGCUUCUGGAGUCGUCCGACGGUCGCGACGUCAAUGCCGUAGACGAAAACGGCAGGACGGCGCUCCUAUUCGUGGCGGGGCUGGGUUCGGACAAGUGCGUGAAGCUUCUCGCGGAUGCUGGAGCCAAUCUGGACCACCGGGACAUCAGGGGCGGACUCACGGCGCUGCACAUGGCGGCUGGCUACGUGAAGCCGGAUGUGGUGGCGGCGCUGGUGGAGCUCGGCGCCGAUGCGGAGGUGGAAGAUGAGAGAGGGUUGACGGCACUGGAGCUGGCGAAGGAGAUUCUAAAGACGACGCCGAAGGGGAAUCCGAUGCAAUUCGGGCGGAGAUUGGGGCUAGAGAAGGUGAUCAGUAUCUUGGAAGGACAAGUUUUCGAGUACGCGGAGGUGCAGGAGAUCGUGGAGAAACGAGGGAAAGGCAAAGACGUGGAAUAUCUGGUCAAAUGGAAGGACGGUGGAGAUUGCGAGUGGGUGAAAGGUGUACACGUGGCGGAAGAUGUGGCCAAGGACUACGAGGCUGGGCUGGAGUACGCUGUAGCCGAGAGAGUCAUGGGGAAGAGGAUGGGUGACGAUGGCAACACGGAGUAUCUUGUGAAAUGGACUGAUAUGGCUGAUGCCACGUGGGAGCCUCAGGAGAACGUCGACUCCAGUCUUGUUCAACUCUACGAACAAGAGGCCCAACCUAUUAACGGCCCAACUACUUUAUGAGCUGGGAAGGGAGACCCAUGAGUUUUUUGUUUCUUGUUAAGGAAUUUGCCUCUCUUUUUUUUAUAUAUAUAUAUAUAAAAAAAGCAACAUUUGUUGGAUGGUUUGGUUUGAUCAAUGCUGUAACAUGUACGAGAGAAGCUUGUAAACUUGCUACACCACGUCCUGGAGGAGACUAGAAAGCUCCACCGACGUAUUAAGGUUGGGGCAAAGAUUAGUAAAAAGAGAUGAAAGCGUCUCGUCCCUUAUUGAAAUGUUUCAUUGGAAACUCAAGUUUGCCGAUGAAGAUGUUAUUCUUAUCAACUUUCAUUCUGGCAGUCUUUCCUAAAUAAGAAACUGUAUGAAGAAGCGCGCGAGCUAUUUGAAGAUGACCAGUCGACCUCAGCAUUUUUGGAGAACAACAGCAGCUACAAUUGCUGAUACCCUUCUUGACAUCCACAACAAAUGGAAGAAUGGUACUCAAGUUGGAGAUUCCAAAACUCAAGAUCCAGCUUUGCUUGAUUCUUCUGAAACAACACCCCUGGUACUCGAAUAAUGCCAGCUGAUGUUCGACUCUUAUCUUGUUUCUUUUCCCUUGGGGCAGGCUAAAAAUCUCAACGGUUAGUUGAGGCAUUGGAAGGAAAAGUUAGAUCUUUGUUAACGAAUAUACGCUUUUCUUACAGUUGCUAAGAUACUGCUUGGUAUUUGAAAAAGCCGUUGACUUGUUUUUUGUUUCUUCUGCCAUCUCUGUUCCUCUUCUCCUGUGUGUCAAUAUACAGCCAGAAUUUCUGUUAUAUUACAACUUUAAUGGGAGUGAGUGAUCCUGGUAAACUAAAGCUUGUGUUUCAGAGCGUAGACGCUUUCAUGACCACCUUCAGAGACCUGGCAGAGGCAUUUCUGCAGUGGAUUGGUAUUGAAAAAUCUUGAUAAAAACCUCUCCCCUACAUUCAUACAGCAAGGAUUUGAUAUCUCAAGUUUCUACUGAAUGAAACCCUGUUGCACUUCUCGCUACAGUCGUCUAUAUUCCAUGCUAUUGUUGCAUUUCCGACAGGUUCACAAUAAAGCUUUACAAGCCCCUGGAGAUUAUUGUUGCAGCUAUUUCACACUUGAAUGUAUUGCAACGAUAAACUUGAUGAAUCUGCGUACAAGACUUUGGCGGAUUAUCAAACAGAAACCGCCACUCUUCUUGCUCUAGUGUCGGCUUCAUCGGGCGAGGAACAUGACUGCUCAUCAGACAAAAUCCUGACAUAACGGGAGCUCCUUGAGAGCCAGAUGCCAGUUCUUCGGACACUUGUCCUCGGUGAUUCACAGCCACAACAGUCGUAAUCCAACUAAACUCCGGCCGGAAGGUUUCUUUAGUUUUUGCUACUCAUAUGGGAAGUUUUUUUUUCUUGAUAUAGGCCUUAUAUUGCAAGGGCAUUUACUCCCAGCAGUGGAAUUUGUUUCUCGCUUUGCUUUCCACCUUAAGUCAUCUCUACUCUUUUGUUUAGCCAUGAUCAUGUUCAGGAAAUCUAUUUAAAUUAGAGUAUGCUUGCCAUGCAACAGUGGUCACAGCUUCUGUAGUUAGAGAUAAUCUAGAGCUCAGUUUGCAAUCCAAACACAAAGACCGUAAUUACAAGACAGGACAUUCAGAGCUCUAACGUUUGCUGCAAUAAUGACUACAAGACAGCUUUUGAGCAUCAUGCUCUCCUGCAUUUGGCUCUCACACCCGCUUAGGUGGGAGGAUUCUUGUUGUAGGUCGGAGUAACAUUGCUGGUUUGCCCGUUUCACUUCUAUUGCUUAAGGCUGAUGAUGCUGAUGUUACAACUGUACAUUCUCACAUAAUGAUCCUGAGGCUAUCAUACCGGAAGCUGAAAUCGUUAUUGCUGCAGCCGGACAGGCCUAUGGAGAGUCGAAAUUUAGAUUCAUGGUUUCAUAUUUUAGCAGGACCUAUGGAGUUGGGUAAGGCUAGGGCGUUUCCAUGUCAGAACUUCAGUAGCAUAUAAAAACUCCUCAGUAUUUUGCCUCGAAAGAUUUGGUAAACUCAAACAAAAGCAGAUAGGAAGCAAUUAUCUCUGGAAGCAAAUUGGCGUCCAUAAGCCAUUCUACCCAUUCAGAUUUUAAAGAUAUAAUAUUUGUACAGUUCAUUGGAGUGGUGGUGAUGGGCUUUUCGCUGGCUUUCAUUUUGGAGAUACCUUUCAAAAGACCCUCAGAUCGUCAGACUAUUGAAAUGAUGUUUAAUAAGCCGGUUGUUGGGUUGGACACUUAUCUACACUUUCAGAGCUAAAGUGAAAUUAUUUGGAAGAUAGAUGCGCAGAAAUACGCCCUGGUGGUUCAUGCGUUCUUGGUACUCACAUCAACCAUUCCCAAGGUACUGUCUGUAUGUUUCCUUUGUCUUGUUUUGGACUUUAGAGCCAAGGAAACGUUUGCAGUACAAGAGCCGAGUAUAUGAUAUGUUUUGCUGUACUUGGGCAUAGUAAACCCAGUUUUAUUUCAGAGUCUGGAACCUAAUCGACUAGCUCGUACCUAUUAUACAAGUGUGCUAUAGACAUAGUCUAAGCGGCGCAAGUGGCGCAGGUGCAACCUUCACCACAGGUGCAGAAGGCCUUGCCCUUGGCAGAGGUCUGGGUCUUGGAGCAGGUGCAAGGGUUGCAGCUGCAGUGCUCCCCACACGGGCACAUGUUGUGUCCUUGAUCCCCACCAGAUGCUUCGCUCAUCCUGCACCUACAUGAAUCGCCACCGGGACAGGGAGCAGGGCAGCCACAGAGAUCGUUGCAGCCAGCGCCUGAGCUUCCUUUGCUUGUGUCUGCCAUUUCUUUACCUCGCGUCUUUUCACAUUCCUUUCCUGCAGAUGAUGCAUAUAUAUCUACUAUAUAGAUAUAGAUGCUGCGGGGUGCACGUGGCCCUGUGUUGGAUAGCAUGUGCCAUGUGGCAGCUUCUUCUCUAACUAGAGUCGUGACGAAGCCUCAAGAGUUCAAACGUGCUACGUAACCACAACACCAUCCACGAUGAAUAAUUCUUUUUGGGUUUAGCAAUAAGUUGUGGUGGCCAAAUGAAACGACUUAUAUAAAUAAAGUAGUUGGGAAAGUAGUACCUCCAAAAGGGGGGCUCGAACAAGAACAGUGUUAAAAGUAUCGAUCCCCCUGUAAUUGUAACUAAAGUGGCACACUUGACUCAAUAAAUAAUAAUAAAUUUCGAAACUUUCAUUCAAAAGAUCCCAACAAAAAGAAGAGUCAAAAUGGGCAGAAACGAAACAGCAAGCAUAUGGUCCAAUCUCUUUCACCUACCUACACCACCUCUGGGCUCUGUUUUCAGUUGAAGAUCUCGCUGAGGGAACUCCAAGUACCUGAGACAGCAAGAACGAGGCCUAGCAGCACCAUCCCCGCGUCCAAGGCAAUUUGUUUCCACCCUAUUUCGUGUUUGAAGACCAUGAGAUGAAACAAAGCAGGCAACACGAAGCCCAAGGCGCAGCAGACGCUGCUGCCAACCAAUGACAAGAAAUCUGCAAAGUUUGGCACCAAGAGAGCCACCAGGGUCACUGCUAAGACGAGGAGCCAUCUGAGCCACACGCAGUACAUACCACUCCAGAAACGUCUCUCAACGAUCUCAAACACAGGGUUCAUCAUCAAUGGGAAGGUGAAGAAGAGGUUGAUGCAGAGCCCCAGCUGCACAAGGCUACUCACCAGUCCUGCACCAAAGUUGGCCGUGAUUAUGUCCAUUGUCUCCUCCCCAAAAGCCAUGUAGCCUAGCACACCAAAAGCUCCGUAUACCACGGCGAUGAAUAGCAUGCUAAGGCCCAAGACUUUGCCAAACCUGUCUUUGUCCUUGGUCUCCGACUCGAGAGGCAAAACCAUUCCCACACCUUCAAAGGCGUAAACAGCCACUCCCAUCCCAUAGAAGAAAACCGACAUGCCACCAAAGGCGACCACGUCAGGGCUUUGCUCCACUGUAAUCUUGAGGUCCUCCACAAUCACCACCGCCAUCGCGCCCAGAUCAACCACGUCGGCGAAUAUGCUAAGAGGCGCCAAGUGAGUGAGCGUCUUGAUGGAAUUCAAGCCCAGCUGAAACGGGAAGCAUCCCCAAAUGUAGAGACUCUUAGGGGACGCCAUUAAAUGGUGGGUCAUGCUCAUGCUUUGGUGGUUCGCUGAGAGAUUAGCUAAAGUAGUGCCGAUAAAGAUGAGAUAUCCGACACAGAAGCCAGCCUGAGACAAAAUGAUAAGAACGUCAACGACGAACCUCCCAAGUGGGCCACAGACGGCGAAUCCAAGGUCCCCAAAAGAGCCGAUAUUGGCGACACCGAGCUUGCGGCGGAUGUGAACGAGAAGCAUCAUGGAGUGGGUGAUCAAAGCGGCGACGGAAAAGAGCGUGAGCACACCCAUGAGCCAUCCGGUUCGCUUGAAGGCGUACGGCAGACCCAGAACACCGGCCCCGACGAUAGCUAUGAAGACAUUGGCGAAGGUCUUGAACUGGCUCGACAAUGGCCUUCCCUUCCCGAGAAGGGGCGUGUCUUCUCUAGCCGGUCCUUUCUCGAAACCCAUCUUUUCAGAGAUGGACUCUGGGAAUCAAAUGUGAUCGGAGAUCAACAAAGAAUCCGAUAUUUUCUUCUUUUUCCUUUUUUUUUUUGUCAAAUCAAGAAGGAGAGAUCUUCUAAGAUAGGCAGAGAGAGAGAGUGGAGAUGGACGAUUCGGGCAUAAUUCGCUCGCUAAAAUAUUAGUAUUAAAAAAAAUGGCAUUUUUCCGUUUUUUGGUUUUCCAUCAUUUCGAUUGAAUUUGGAAAAGUAUAUGCUCAAAUAGAAAUAUACUUGUGUAUGGAGGAGAGAAAUCCUGGUCUGCUUUCAUCUAUCUUGUGAAUAUUCAUCAUCGAAGUUGGAGGAAGGGAGGGAAAAACUCAGGCUUUAUAGGGUAAUUAGCUCACAGAGGCGUAAGAAACCUAAAUCGACCAGAAAGCAUCAUCAUCGCUUAAAUCGACAAACCUAAACCUAAAUCGAGGGAGACGACAAUAAUGCAGUUGGACUACCCUAUUGGGUGGCAGUCAGAUCUCGCGGCAUCGAAGAAGAAACUGAAGAAACUGGGCGAGGAGUACGGUUUGGAUGAGUGUACGCUUGAAGUGGGGGUAGGGUCAUAUACGCGUGGUCCUUUUCCUCGCCUAGUCUCCCUGUAUGCUAGGAUGGGCCUCCAUCGUUACAAUUUGCUGCAGGGUGCAAAGUUUCAGCUGGAUCGCGUGGAGAAGUACGUUCUCUCAAUGGGCUCUGCUGCUCCCACUUACGGCAUCACUCUGGAUGCAGUGGAUGGCUCCUCGCUUCAAUCUUUUCAGGUUAAAGUAUCAGAAGACAGGGAUACACACCUUGACAGAGGAACGGUUAUUAUGGAUACCGACUUGCCUGAGUGGCCGCCAAAACAGAAUCCUUUUGAAAAACAUUACCUGGUGAAGGAUUCAGAGCUGCAAGACAACGAUGACUGGAUUCGUCUAUAUGUGGAACUUGCUGUUGCCAAAUCUCCUGGGGCCAAAGCUGAGAGGGCCUGGGCACCUGAGGACUUGAAGAUUCUCAAGGUGGCCAUGGAUGUAGUCGACGGACUCAAUGCCAAAAAAAAUGUACUUUUCUACAUAGAGUACAAGGACUUGCGGCUUGGUAGGUACUCCCAUGGCAUUGCUAUAGUUAGAAGAUCAUUUGAUGAGGAUGAAGGAAGCUUGUUUCUCGUGGGUAAGACUGUGAGUUUAGAAAGUAUACCACAAGUUUGCUGAUUCGUACGGGAUGCUUCGCUCAUUAUUUUCUUGCAUUCAGUUUAAUCCUUUUCAUUUCCCUCUUGGUUACGCAUGGAUAAACCAGUGAAGGAUAUAUUAUAUUACGAGUACAAAGUUGCCCCUUGUCAUGGACACAUGGGAAGAGAUCCUUCACAUUUUUGUCUCUCCUCCAUCAUCUUAUAAGUUGGACAAAUUCAAGUCACGGUUUUAAUUCCCACACCAAAGCAAAUUACAAAGAGUCCCCUUUAAUGCUAAAGUACCGCUACACCACCACUGCCAUAAUUCUCACACUCUGCUUCAUUUUUUCUGUCUUUAGACCCGAAUUGCUAAACUCUAGUUCCUACUGUCCCAAGUUGCUAUCAUAAUCACAAGCCCCCACAUACUCCUCAAAAGCCUUUACUUGGAUCUGCUGGAAUCGCUGCUGGCUGCUGCACCUGCACCUGAUUCAUAGAUGAUUCCAGUUGUGAAUUGGUUAUAGCAGCCUCAAACAGAG